UCUCCCGCCGCGGGAAUCCGCUCGACAAAGCUCCCGCAAACCAGCAAACUACACGGGACGCGGUUUACCGCUGUGUUUUGUGUUCAUUUCAAGAUGGAUCCGCCAAUGAUAACUGCGCUUGCAGCUCUUAUAUUAUUAGAAUUAUUAAAAAACAAAGUAAACCGCAAUGUUUGGGUGGAACCAGUGUUAAGUAACCGUUUAACUUCGGGAAUAUUUCAUUCAAUGUUUAGUGCACACCGUGAUAACCCUCAUAAGUUUUUCUCUUACUAUAGAAUGUCUGUGAACUCAUUUGAUGAACUUCUAUCAAUUAUAAGCCAACGUAUUAAGAAACAGGAUACAAAUAUGCGGAGAUCCAUCACACCUGCGGAACGUUUGGCUGUAACUCUCAGAUAUUUGGCUUCGGGAGCAACUUUCACUGAUUUGGAGUACGAUUUUCAAAUUUCUCGAAAAACUAUACCAUUAAUUGUAAAAGAAACCUGUCAAGCUAUUUGUCAAGAAUCAGCACCUUUAGAGAUGCCAAAACCAAAUAAGGAAAAAUGGAUAAAUAUUGCUGAGAAAUUUUACAAAGAAGCGAACUUUCCUAAUUGCGUUGGCGCCAUUGACGGCAAACAUAUUAGAAUUGUUUGCCCUCCGAAUGCUGGAUCUAAAUAUUAUAAUUAUAAAAAAUAUCAUUCGAUUAUUUUAUUGGCAGUGGUUGACGCAGACUACUGUUUUACAUUCAUUGACAUUGGUGCUCCAGGUCGAGAAAGUGACUCUUCAAUUUUUAAAAGUUCAAAUUUCGGGCAAAAGUUAACUCGUUCUCAAUUGGAUUUACCGGAGCCAAUUCAUCUUCCUAACAAUAUAGGAAAUCCUCGUGUGCCUUUUGUAUUUGUAGGUGAUGCUGCAUUCGGUUUAAAUAAAAAUGUUAUGAGACCAUUUUCUUUACGAAACAUAGACACGCCUAAGAAAAUUUUUAACUAUCGACUGUCUAGAGCCCGCCACUUUGUGGAAUGUGCAUUUGGUAUCCUCAGUAACAAGUGGCGAAUUUUUCAUUCAAGCAUCAUAAUCAAUCCACAGAGUGCAAAACACAUUAUAAAAGCUGCUUGUGUAUUACACAAUUUCGUAAGACGCAGAGAUGGUUAUCAAUUUGAAGAUACGAUUCGAUGUGAUAUGGAAGAAUUCGACGAAGUCCAGGCAGUUGGAGGCCGAUCUAAUGGCAUUUCAGUAAGAGAUUCGUUUGUUCAAUAUUUCAAUGGCCCUGGAGCGGUUCCUUGGCAAAACAGGAUGAUACAUUAAAAUAAGAAAUAAAAUAAUAAGUAAACUUACCAGCUCUGUUUCUUUCUUCUGGGCCUAAAUCAGCCCAAUGAGCAACCACUUCCUGUCCUAUCUCCAUCCAUAACUUCGCUUUUAAUUCCCGAUUGGCGUAUUCCUUCGACUUCACUUCAUAUAAAGCAGGCCUUUCUUGUACUUCAAUAAUAAAACGCUCCGUGUCGAACAUUUUGACGCGGCACUAGCCACGCAAGCGCAGACACGACGAGCGAGCGAGAAGGUCCCGCGCAGAAUGACGCAAUAGCGGAUAACCGCCCGUGUAGUUUUAAAUGGCGGUUAACAGCGGCGGUUUGACGCUGCAUGCGGCGGUCGAAUUUCUCCCGCCUACAAACCGCGGCGGGAAACCGCGCAGUGUAGUUUGUAGCAUACAAUGUCCAUAUAUAAUUGAGUCUAGUG